AUGAUUCGAUCGCAGAUUCUUACAGAGCGACAACAGAAAGAAUUAAAUAAAUCAAUAAUUCAAUAUCUUGAACCAAUAAUCAAUAACAACAACAACCAACAACAACAACAACAACAACAAGGAGAACAAGAGAACAUACUAAACCAAUUAAGUACUAUAUUACAAGUAGAUCAACAAGCUAAUAAUGAAAUUGUUUCUAAUUAUUUAGAAAAGAAAUGGUCUUCAGUAUUAAGACUUCAAAAGAAAAUCAUUGAUUUAGAAAAUGAAGUUCAUAAUCUACGAUCAAUACUUGAUGUAUCUGACACUAACAACAACAAUAAUAAACAUGUCAUAUCCAAGGAUAGAAUAAAUUGGUUACCGCUGACAUGUUCAAGGACAUUCAUAACUCAAUCUAAUCAAUUAAUAAAUACAAUCAAGAUCCAUCCAAUUUUACCAAAUAUAUAUUGUGGAUGUAAUGAUGGUUCAAUAUAUGUAUGGAAUAUGGCAAGUGAUGAAGAUUCUAUCCCGGAAAAGAUUAUAAGAGCCCAUACUAAAGCCGUCAAUGCAAUAGAAUGGUCUUUAGAACCAGUUAAUUUGACUUCAGGGGCACCUCAUACGAAACCAUCAUAUAUAUUUGCAUCAUGUUCAUCUGAUUUAACAAUUAAAAUAUGGGAUGAAGCCAAUUAUAGAUAUAUAAGAACAUUAACCGGUCAUGAACAUACAAUAUCAUCAAUCAAAUUUAGUAGUAACAAUAGUACUAUAUUAUAUUCAGUUUCACGAGAUAAAACAGUCAAAAUAUGGGAUUUAAUUAAUGGGAUUUGUAUAAAUAGUUUUAUUGGUCAUAGUGAUUGGGUAAGAGAUUUAGAUGUUAUAUCAAUUAAUAAUACAAUACUGUUACAAGCAUUGAAAACAACUGAUAAUUCUUUGGGGGAUUUUAUAUUGACAUGUUCAAAUGAUCAAUCAGCAAGAUUAUCUCAUAUAAAUUCUCGAAUUGGUUUAGCAGUAUUAAUUGGUCAUACUCAUGUGGUUGAAACGGUUAAAUUCUUACCCAUGCAUUCAAAUCAUAUAAUUGAUUCAUAUAUAAAACUGAAUUCAGAAUUUUUCCCAUCAAUCCCAUUAGAUUUACUCGAGACUAGUAGUAUCUAUGGCAUAAAUUUGGGCUUCAAAUAUUGUUUAACCGGCAGUAGAGAUAAUACAAUUAAAUUAUGGUUAUUACCCCCGCCAAUAUUAUCACCUCAUAGACCACCACAACCUUCACAAUAUAAUAAUUCACAAGCUUGGUUAAUUUCAGAUAUAAUAGGACAUCUGUCUUGGGUUAAAAGUUUAUCAAUCCAUCCUAAUGGGAAAUUCUUCUUUAGUGGAAGUGAUGAUAAAACUAUUAAAGUAUGGGAUUUAUCUACAUUGAAUAUAUCGGGUAAAAUAGAUAAUAUAAGAACAUUAAAAGGACAUGAAGGAUUUGUUAGUUCAAUCGAUUUUGCUCGAUUAUUAAAGAGAAAAGAGAACAAUCCUCAUGAUGAAGCUAAACCACAAGAGAAUGGACUGAAACAAACAGAUACAACAACACAAGAACAACUUCUACGAGAUAUUCAACAAAGAAUGAGAUGUGUAUUUAUUAGUGGAGGUACAGAUAAUUCCAUACGUGUAUGGAAUUAA